CCGGCCACGGCUGCCACGGUGCCUGCAGCGACAAUUCUACUUGACCUUCUGACCCGCGACAACACUCCUGCGUCAGCGCCGGGAUACCGAGGAAUCCAUCUACCGGGGACGUCUUGGAAUUUCAAAACUAUGAAGUCACGACGGGUAACGCAGCUGGCCUCAAGCCUGCGACCUUCCACUUCCCUGUGCGGCCGUCCCGUGCGGCCUGUCUGCAACAAUGCGCUGCAGGAGCACAUUCGGCGGCAAGCAUCAGCCCCGCGAUGCAUUCACGGACAGCCAGCUCGACGCAGCGGUGCACCCUCGAAUCCGGCCAUCAAGUUCCCGUGCCUCGAUGCCCUCGAGACCCGAUCGGCCACCCUAGAGAAGCAGGCCGCCUCUGCCAGGUCCGACCAGAGCGGCCCCGAACCUUCCUAUACCGUCGGCGCAACCCAGAUCCACCACUGCGCUGAGCCGCUCCUGCUCGACCAUGGCGGCCUGCUUCAUGAAUUCGACAUUGCAUACGAGACAUGGGGCGACAUGAACGCAGCUCGCUCCAACGUAAUCCUCUUGCACACCGGCCUAUCCGCCUCCUCCCACGCCCACUCAACCCCCGAGAACCCCCAGCCAGGCUGGUGGGAAAAGUUCAUCGGCCCCGGCCUGGCCCUCGACACAAACAAAUACUUCAUAAUCUGCACCAACGUCAUCGGCGGGUGCUACGGCUCGACCGGCCCCUCGAGCAUCGACCCGUCUGACGGCAAGCGCUACGCAACCCGCUUCCCAAUCCUCACCAUCCAAGACAUGGUGCGCGCCCAGUUCCGCCUGCUCGACCACUUGGGCGUCUCCAAGCUCCACGCCAGCGUCGGCUCCAGCAUGGGCGGCAUGCAAUCCCUCGCCGCGGGCGUCGAAUUUUCCUCGCGCGUAGGGCGCGUCGUCUCCAUCUCGGCCUGCGCGCGCAGCCAUCCCUACAGCAUCGCCAUGCGCUACGUGCAGCGGCGCGCCAUCCUCAACGACCCGAACUGGAACCGCGGCUUCUACUACGGUCGAGUGCCGCCGCACGUGGGCAUGAAGCUCGCGCGCGAGAUCGCCACCAUCACCUACCGCUCCGGCCCCGAAUGGGAGCAGCGCUUCGGCCGGCGCCGCGCCGACGCCUCCAAACCACCCGCUCUCUGCCCCGAUUUCCUCGUCGAGACAUACCUCGACCACGCCGGUGAAAAGUUCUGCCUCACCUACGACCCCAACAGUCUCCUCUACGUCAGCAAAGCCAUGGACCUCUUCGACCUGGGCCGCGAAAACCAAAUCGCCACCGCUGCGCGCCGCGCAGAGUACCACACCCCCGGGACCACCCCCGCGGCGAGGACUGGUUCACCAGCGUGCACCCUGACCCUCCCCGAUAAGCCCUACCAGGAACAGCCCGAGUCGGCGAUGCUGACCACGCUCGAUGCCGAAAGUCUCCCGCACCAGGGCGUGCCGAAACCCCCCGCCGAUUUGGUGGCGGGCCUAGCGGCGCUGCGCGACCACCCGGUGCUGGUCAUGGGCGUGGCGAGCGAUAUCCUGUUCCCUGCCUGGCAGCAGCGCGAGGUGGCUGAGGCGCUGAGGCAGGCGGGGAACAAGAUGGUGGAGCACCACGAGUUGAGCGAGGUUCAGAGCUUGUUUGGGCAUGAUACGUUCUUGCUGGAUGUCGAGAACGUCGGGGGAGCGGUGAGGGAUUUCUUGGGCUGAAUGACCAAAGUUGACGAGUGAGGGUGAAAGGUGUUGGAUAAUGUUGUUUGCUUGGAAGGGGACAUAUAUCGGCGUUAUACCCCGUAUUUGGGGAGGCAAACAUGUCUGAUGUUUGGGAUUAUACAUAGCGAGCGCAUGCGAAGCGGUGAAUUUGUUCAUCAUCUGCAUCCCAUCGGGGCAAGGUUCAUUUGGAUGUGUUGUAACAUGCACUGUAUCUCAAUAGAAGGGUAUAAAUAGAAGAAAUGGUG